AUGACGUGUGCGCUAGUCGUUCCUGCUCCUGACGCUUCACCCUCCGCCUCCGGCAAAUUGCCGACCGGAGGCGAAGGCGUUCAGAUCGGCCUUGACAUGCAAGCGCCGAUUUCUGGCGUGGUUGUCCAUCUCGAGGGUCUCAAGAAGGUUCGCCCCGGCAGUCUGCAGAAUGAAUUCGCUUCUCUCAGAGCGAGUCACACAGUCGGUGAACUGUUGCAGAGCCUGGAGAAGGCGCACCAUCGCCUGGAGGAGCUGCAGCUGUUCCAAACGGCAGUGAGCGAAGUUCACUGUGGCCCGCGGCCAGGCGAGGUUUCGGUCAAUUUCUUUUUGAAGGAGAAAGCGGCCUCGUAUCUGUUUGGGACGUAUGUCAACUCGAGAGGAGACAUCGAGCUCGAGGCGAACGCCCACGUGCCGGCGUUCCUCGGCGGCGUGCAAACGUUUUCGCUGACUGGAGGCAUGACGCCAGUCAGUUCCGCGACGCAGCUCAAGUUGUCUGUCGACUUGCUUUUUCCGCGUUUCCCCCGCUGUUCACUUCUCUCUAACUGUUUCUCCUCCUCACUCUUCUCUAGCCAGUUGCCGGCUACGCUGGCCUCAUCGACCCUCGACGCCGGGGUGUCCCCGCCGAAUGGGUCUGCGCGGGCGAGCGGAGGGACAGACGCUCUGGGGACUCAGCGCGAGACGAGUCGGUGCCCGGCCCGCCCGGGCCUCGCUCGUGGCGUCUGCGCCGACGAAGAGGGCUUCUUUUCCUCUGGAGUGCUGCGCGCCUUCUCGAGGCAGACGUCGUGGACGGCGGCCUCGUCGUAUUUCCUGCAGCAGACCGGCCUGGGGGUGCUGGCCUUCAGCCGCGACGGGCGCCACACGGUCGGCUGGGAGAGCUGCUUGCGCGACAUUCUCCCGGCCUGCGACGCUGCGCGCAUGGCGUCCCCCGCUGUCCUGCGCACGCCCGUGCGUUCUCUCAAACACGCGGUGCGCUACGACUUCACUUUGGAUCGGCUCGAUCAGCCGACCCAGGCCCAACCCGCCGGUGGCGACGGUGUAUGUACACCCCAUGCGCCCGGGACCCCGGCUGGUGCGCCGUCGCCUGCCAGCGGCGAAGAAAAGGGCCUGUUUCCGCGGAGCGGCUACGUCAUCAACGCAGGCACGGAGCUCGCUUUGCCCGGAGGCGACUCGCGGUUUUUCAAAGCUCACUUCCAGAGCUUCGCCGCGACGCCUCUCCCCGUUCUCUCCUCGUCUGUCGGGCGCGAGAAGCCCCGGGCGGGCGCCGCCUCCAAGGCGGGGUCCGACGCAGGCGAAAGCGGGUCGGCCGCCUCUGCGGCCAGCGGCGCGCACACCGACGACGGGCUCCGCAGCGCCGCCCCGCCCUCGCCCUGGGUGCUGAGUGGCCGGAUCGCGGGCGGCUUUCUUGUGCCCGCCAGCUCUGGCGGCGCGAGCGUCUGCGACAAAUUCAGACUCACGGGCCCGUACGGCGCUGGCACCGCCCUGCGCGGCUUCCGCAGCUACGCCGUCGGCCCCUCCGACGUGUGCCACGUCCAAGACCCCACGACGAAGCGCUGGCGGGCGGCGCUGGACUAUCUGGGCGGAGACUCCUUUCUGGCCUCUGAGGUGUGUCUGUCGUAUGACUUGCGUUUUCCGUCGUCGUGGAAGGCCUCUUCGUCUUCGGUGCCCUCUCCGUCGCUCGCGGCGCCGAGCGAGCCGCGCAAAGCCGCUUGUCCGGUCACUGCGCCCGUGUCUUCUUCGCCCUUCCAUCCGCGGAUCUUCGCCUUCGGCAGCGUGGCGGCGCUCGGGGACGUUUUUUCGAGCGCGCCAGCGGCCGCCGAGGCGCCUGCGAGCUGCGCGGCCGGCGGACACCUCGCGGCGCGCGUCGGCGACUUGCUGCGACACUGGCGAGGGACUGUCGGCUGGGGCCUCGCCCUGCCCGUCUACCGCGGCGUCUGGCUCGAGGCCCUCGUCGCGCUACCCGUCCGCAAACAACGAACCGACGACGUCCAGCGCUUCCAACUCGGCCUCCGCCUCUCCUCAGGGCGAAUGGCGGAGUAA